AUGACCUCUCUGGUCAAGCGGGGUAAUUUCUUCGAGAAGUUGGGCAGCGCUCUUUCUGGGAAGCUAAAGAUAGUGCCGCAGCAACGUCCGAUCGAAAUCGCAGCAUGGAGUAAGCGUGAAUACGCUAGUCCUCAAGAGCGGUACCGAGCACGCGUCUCGAUACACCCAUUCGCAGAGAGGACGCCCGACAAUCUUCGCCGACUCCUCGGGACGGCCGAGUACUUGGUCAAGGCCUUUGAUAGUGCCUGCGAGACCGCUGGCCGUCUGUCUGAGCUUCUUUGCGACACUUGCAAGGACAUUGAUGCCGUUAUCCGGGACACUGUUGAGUAUGAAGGUCGUGUCGUGGCCGAGGAGUCCCUUGUUACUGACGUAUCAGCUGUCAACAGACUCCUCGACGGGUUUUCUGCUCAAGAAGUGGAAGUCUUGAUGACUCCAGAGAAUGAGGACCGAACUGGUCCUUCUUUGUUUUUGUUGAGUUACGAUGCAUCUUCCCCAAAGCGAGAUGAAGCUCUUCGUCGCGAAGAGGGGGGUGGUGGCGAAAUGGACGCCGACGGAGACUUGGACGCAGAGGUCUGA